AUGGAAACCAUACAAAAAUUAUGUCAUUCAAUACCUGUAAUUUCUCCUCAUUAUUAUACUGUUGCUCUUUUAUUCUUAGCACCAAUUCCAUUUGGUUUAAUUAGUAAAUUUAUUAAGAAUAGAACAGCAAGAGUUUGGUAUAUAAUCAUUAUUUCAUUUAUUUGUCAAUGGGUUUGUUUCCAAGAAUAUAUGCUUCAUGGAACAUUUGCAAUCCUUAUGACAUAUAUAUUCAUGAAAAUAAUUCCAUUCCCACAAGCUCAUUAUAUUAAUUUAAUUUUCCAAUUUGCAUAUGUAUUAUAUGGACAUGCAUGGAGAAUGUAUAAUUAUUAUUUAGUAUAUUCUACUGAUUGGACAAUUAUUCAAAUGUUACUUGUUGUUCGUUUAACUCAAAUUUCAUGGUAUAAAAAUUUAUCUUAUCAACCUAUUGAAUCAAUAAAACCAAGACAUAGAAAUUAUAUUUUAAAAGAUGAUAUUUCUUUGUUUGAUCUUUUUGCUUAUUGUUAUCAUCUUCCAGGAAUGUUAAUUGGACCAAAUGUAGAUUAUCCUACAUUCCUUAAAUUCCUUGAUCUUUCUAUGUUCCCAAAUAAACAAAUUCCAAAAACAGUUAAUACAAAGGCAUUUUAUACUAGACUUAUAGAAUUAUUCAUUAUUUAUAUGUUUGGUGUUACUGAUCCACUUGAUUUUAAAUAUAUGAUUACUCCAGAAUUUAUGGAACAUUCAUUUUUCUAUAGAUGGGGAUAUUUAAUGGUUGCUCAUUAUACAAAUAUGUCUAAAUACUUAUUUAUGUUUGUUGCUGGAGAAUUAGCUUGUGUUGGAUGUGGAAUUUCUUAUUAUAUUAAUGAAAAAGGUGAAGAAAAAUUCUGUAAAUAUAGAAAUAUAAGAAUGAUGAAAAUUUUAACUGCAAGAGGAUUACGUAUGUUUGCAUCGAAUUGGAAUCUUGGAAUUGUUCAAUGGAUUACUUCUGUUGUAAAUGAUAUUGUUCCAAGAUCAUGGCCUGAAUUAGCUCGACAUGCACUUACAUAUAUAGUAAAUGCAUUUUGGCAUGGAUUUUAUCCAGGAUAUUUAUUAUUCUUUUUCUGUUGUGGAAUUCCUUAUGAAUUUUGUUCAAAAGGAUUUCUUAAAAUUAUUAAUACUUAUAUCAAUAAAAAAAGUAAAUUAUAUUAUGUAUAUCAAGUUUUAGGAUUCUUUUUCUCUUUGAUAUUAAUGCAAUUCUGUCAUAUGGCAUUUAAUUUAAUGGCAUUUGAAUAUGUCUGGAAAUGUUGGUCUAAUUUCCACUUCUAUUUCUAUGUCAUUUUAGCUGGAAUGUAUGUAUUACAAUUUAUCAUUCCACCCCUCCCAGCAGAUUAUUGGGACGAUAAAAAAGAGACAAAAGAAUCAAAGCCAUUUGAACCAGUCAAUCCACAACAACAAGAAUUAGAAAAACCAAAAAAGGAAGAAGUUAAAAUGGAUUAA